AUGACUUCUCUCAACAUCUCUCAAGAUGACCUUGCAUCUUUCCACGCCGCGCAUUUUUCUGUGACCUCCGUUGAUCACUUCUCAGAGCACUUUCUCGGUCCUGUAGAAGAGGAAUACUACGAAGAAAAGGCUGUCGACGAUGGCUUGGGUUACUACAAAGAUGGUGUCAAACGAACCUUGACCGAUGAGCAGAUCGCGAUAUUUAGACACUCCGAGAUCGAAGCUCUUCUGCGCGAACAAAGACAUGCUGUGGAGGAAAAGGAACACCAGAAGACCUAUACUACUGGAGAAACUGUCUCUGAUGAAGGUGCUGUAGAGUCUAAGUACCCUGUACCAGACGAUGUGGAGGAUGGAGAGCUUGAGGAAGAGAGUCCUGGUAGCAGCGUCUCAACUCCGACGGCGUCGAAGCCCCACACGCAUAUGACGAAGAAGGAAAAGAAGACACAAAGGGCAAAGCAAAUGGGCUUCUUCAAGCAGAAUGUGAAACCCGAUCUACGGAAGAGGACGUGGGAUAAGGUCGAUACUGGAUUGGGUAGUUUGGACUACGACGAAGACGAACGCGCACCCAAGCGUGCCACCGCGAACCCAGCACAGAGAAGACGGAUAUCCUAUGAUGAUUAA